GAUCUGUAUCAAUCACAGGGUGAGCUCUGCGUGAGGCUCUAGCACUGGAAAAGAAAGGAAGCACAAAGCAUACGGACCUGAAAAAGUGACAUGGAAAGAGGUUCAGACUCAGAUGCUCUCAGUGUCCCCGCCUCCUGGGUCCAGAUGGAGUCCCCUACAGCCUCUGAGUAUACCACCAGCUCUUACGACUAUCAGGAUAAUGGGAGUCUUCUGUGUGAGAACAAGGUCACCUUUGCCAGAUUCUCCAUCACUGUCUUGUACUCUCUGGUAUUUCUCCUCAGCCUGGUGGGCAACAGCCUGGUGUUGUGGGUCUUGGUGAAGUAUGAGACUCUAGCAUCGCUUACUAAUAUCUUCAUCCUCAACCUGUGUCUCUCAGACCUGAUGUUCUCCUUCCUGCUGCCCGUGUGGAUUUCAGCCUAUUGGGGUUGGUUUCUAGGUGACUUCCUCUGCAAGCUCUUCAACCUGAUCUUCUCCAUCAGCCUCUACAGCAGCAUAUUCUUCCUCACCAUCAUGACCAUCCACCGCUACCUGUCUGUAGUGAGCCCCAUCUCUACUCUGGGUGUCCAUACCCUCCGCUGCCGUAUGCUGGUGACCACAGCUGUGUGGGCAGCCAGCAUCCUAUCCUCCAUCCCGGAAGCUAUCUUCCACAAAGAGAAUUCCUUGGGAUGUACUUACUCUGAGCUCCAUGGGUACUUAGCCUCAGUCUACCAGCACAACGUCAUCUUCCUCCUCUCCAUAGGUGUCAUCCUGUUCUGUUACGUACAGAUUCUCAGGACCUUGUUUCACUCAAGGUCCAGACAGAGGCACCGGACCGUCAGGCUCAUCUUUACCAUUGUGGUGGCGUACUUCCUCAGCUGGGCUCCCUACAACCUCAUCCUCUUCCUCCAGACGCUACUGAAAAUUGGAAUCAUCCAGAAGAGCUGUGAGAUCAGCUAUCAGCUGGAUGUUGCUAUGUUCACCUGCCGCAAUUUGGCCUUCUCCCAGUGCUGCUUCAACCCAGUGCUUUACGUCUUUGUUGGGGUCAAGUUCCGCAGACACUUGAAAAGUCUUCUCCAGCAGGUGUGGUUGUGCCGGCAGAAGCCAUCCAGCCCUGUCCCGCUCACCCACUCCCCUGGUAUCUUUACGUAUGAAGGCCCUUCCUUCUACUGAGCAGAGAGGAUGGACACAAGGAGGUGACAUGGGAUGUUGGAGGAAGGUAAGGAGGGAGAAGUUCAUCAGGAGGGAGAGCUGAAGAAGACACAACCAUGGGGAUACCAGCAACUACUGCAGGGGGAUGGAGGGAAGGCAUGACACCUGUGGGAGAAAGUGCUUCCAUCUGGGAAACCCAAAGCAACGCUUCCUGGACUCAGUUCAUCAUUCAUCCUCUUACUUAGACACGGGUUGCUUAUCAGUGAUUGGUCAGAAGAUACUAAACGGAAGGAUUUCCAGACUCUGGGAGGACUUGAAGCUCGACGUAUGUGCUUAAUGUGCCAUGUUGUUGCUGGAACA